CACAUAUCCAAAUCGCGGAAAACUAAUAUGCCCAUGGUCUACGUUAAUUAGUUCAAAUAAUAUUAUUUUCAUGUAUCGUUUUCGUUGUUCACGUUUCGUGUAGGAGUUAAAAUCGUCAUUUAGUUUAUUCAGUAACUACAUAGUUCAUUAUAAUGUUACUAAAGUAUUACCUGUGUUCAUUAUUAACGUUACCCCUCGUAUUGUUAGCCAGCGCGUCCAAAGAGACGUUGGUGUUGCUCAACAAUUUAGUCAUCAAAGAAACGCAUUCCGUUUUAUUUAACACGCUCAAAGGUAUUUCAUUUUACCCGGUUGCCACGGGCCGUUGCUCUUAUUAUUCUUAACACUAUUACUAUGUUCGUGAUGGUUGAAACAAGUUGCUGAAUACCUAUGAUAUUGUUGUGACAUCAGCGCCAAAGCUCCAAAGGGCUCUCUCAAGCUGGGCUUUUAAAUUGAGGGCCCAUUUUAGAUAUUAACGUGAAAAUAAUAUAACUCAUAAUAUACCCAUAUUAGAAUAUUAUUAGCUAAGAUAAAGUGAUUCAAAAAUAAGUUUUAUGUAGUUGUUUAUGUUUAUCUGAUACCAAUAAGUAUUAAAAAUGGGGUUUAUUCCAUCUCUUUUAUAAUAUUAUUUUUAUCGCUAAAAUGACAAUUUCUGUAAUAUAAUUAAACCAUAAAUUGUCUAGUACUUUUCUUAAACAUUUGGUUCCGUUGUCAUUGUCAGUGUUUGCGGUGUAUUUCCAUGCCACAGUUUUUAUUCUUAUAUCGCUUUUAUAAUGUCUAUAAGUAUAAACUUUGAUUUUAAUAAAAUUUAUAAUUUUGUUGUCUUAUAUUUAUAAUUAGCGCGAGGAUAUCAUUUGACUUUUAAAUCAGCCGAUGAUCCAACACUGGUGCUUUCAAAGUAUGGGAAAUAUUUCUAUCAAAAUUUAAUUAUAUUUGCACCUACUGUUCAAGAAUUUGGUGGAGCUUUAAACAUUGAAACAAUUACACAAUUCAUUGACGACGGAGGUAAUUCUAAUUGUUGUAAUUGUAUAUAUUUACAUAAAACUAAUAUUAUAAUACUUUUCACAGGAAAUGUUUUGUUUACUGGUGGUGUGUCAACUGGUUCUGCGUUGAGGGAAUUAGCAGCCGAAUGUGGUUUUGAAGUGACUGAAGAGAAUUCAUCUUUGAUUGAUCAUUUAAAUUAUGAUAUUAGUGAUGAGGGAAAGGUAUAUUAAAUAAUAAGUACUUACUUGAUAAUUUUUAGUCAAAAUGUUCUCUGUUAAAAUAGAAAGCUAUUUUAUUUCAAACAAAUCAGUAUCUUUUUUUUCCUUUUUUAGUUUUGAAAUAGGUAUAUAAAUAUAUUUUAAUAUUAAAAUCUUAUACAUUUUUGUCAGUAAAUUUAUCCAGGCAUUUUACUUAUCAAUUCAUUAAUAUAUAAAACUUAUAAAAUCUUUUUUAUUUUAAAAUAUUUAUGUAUUUUUUUUUGUAGCAUACUUUAGUAGUAACUAGAUCGUCAAACUUAAUAAAAUCCGAAGAGAUUGUUGGAAAAAGUAAUGAAAAAUCAUUGUUAUAUGAAGGAACAACAGUUAUUGCUGAUCCGAAAAAUCCUUUAGUACUUCCUAUUCUUCAUGCUGAAUCUACUGCGUAUUCAUAUAAAACUGACGUUCCUAUUAAAGAUGUAAGUUGAUUAAAUGCCGCCUAAUAGCUGGUUAUGUAAUUUAAAAUAAUUAAAUCAUAAUAUUUUUAUUCAGUAUUCAUUAGGAACAGGCAAAGAUCUAUUACUUAUUGCAGCUUUACAAGCAAGAAAUAAUGCCAGAGUCGUAUUCUCUGGAUCUUUGUAUUUCUUUUCAGACGCAGCGUUUAGUUCUCCAGUCAAGAAAGUUGUAAGUUUAUAUUUUGAAUAAAGAUCCAUUUUAAUUGUUUUAACCCUAGCAAAUGUAUAACAAAGUGUAAUUGGUUUAGGAUGGAUCAUCUUAUAAUGUUUCUGGUAACCAAGAAGUCGCUUCAAACAUUGUUUUGUGGACUUUGAAAGACCGAGGUAUGAUAAGAGUGAAAUCUGUGAACCAUCAUAAACUGGGCGACUCAUCACCUCCACCAUCGUAUACUAUUAUGGAUAUGGCUGUAAAAUAUAAAAUAUCUAUACUUAAUAAUCCAUAAAAAAUAUUAAUUUUAAAAUAAAAUUUAAUAGGUAUAUUUAGUUGAAUUAGAACGUUGGGAAGAUGGAAAGUGGGUACCCCAUAAUGCUGAUGAUGUACAAGUAGAAUUUGUACGCAUAGAUCCAUUCUGGCGUGGCAAUCUCAAAAAUGUUGGAGACGGCAAGUAUGAAUUUACAUUUAAAAUACCGGACACAUAUGGAGUGUAUCAAUUCAAAGUAGACUAUAAUCGAAUUGGAUUUACUACACUUAGAAGUUCAACUAUGGUAAUUAUUAUAUCUUGUAUUAAAAAAUGAAAUUGUAAAAUAUACAUGUUUUAAUUUUUUCGUAGGUGUCUGUUAUUCCACUGGAACACACUCAGUAUGAGAGAUUUAUUUUGAGUGCAUAUCCAUAUUAUGCGAGUGCUUUCUCAAUGAUGUUUGGAGUAUUCAUAUUCAGUUUUGUAUUUCUACAUUAUCGAGAUGAUAAAGUAAAAGGAGAGUAAUUCAGACUGUUUAAGUUGCUGGUGAUAAUAAUUUUGUAAGUUUAAGAUUUAAUUUA